AGCUUCCAAACAAAUCACCGCAUCACCCUAGGCAACGGUCAUCAGCAGCUCCUCCUGCAACAAUUUCUAUCGCGAUCUCAUAACCUUACGGUGCAUAUCAAAUUACGAUUCGAGAGAAAAGAGCGGAAGCGCGAGCUUACUUUUAAUCUAAAUUUAGGAAAAUUCUCUCUUAAAAAUUGAUCAGUGACAGUUUGAAGUUUUUCGAAGACAUGACCUACGGUUACGGCAGAGACUACGACGAGAACGUCGCUAAAUUAAUUGUCAAGCCGCCGGAGAAGUUUAUUAAGAGCCCCAGAUACAUAUCGAUCCACCGAGAGCGAACGCGCGAGGAGCUAUCUCGCGUGAAGAGCAGCCACAAGAGUCUCGGCCCACCACGAGUACCACUACGUCCUCCAAGCGAUUACCUAAAAAGAGGAAGUCGCAUCGCGCCUCAACCUCCGCGAGUCGAGCACGUGCAUUACAGGCCACCUGACUACCCUCGACAACUUCCCGACUGGCGAUCCGCCGUCCCGAGAACUGCCGACGCAUCGGCCAAGGAUUUUCGCAGACGCAAUGUGGAAAAUGCCAAGAGACUCAGGCCAAAGAGACCCGAACCUGUUUUCGUUGAUACUAGGAAAGGAGAUCGGCAAAGGCUGAUGACCAGUGGGUUACAGCCGAUUUACGUUUAUAAAAAGAAUUUCGGCGAGGUUCCGUCGCAAGUAAAACGGAGCAAAUCAGCUCCGUGGUCUAUCAAGGAAAAAUCGGAGCAUCGGCGAGCCGAAUACGAGCAAUACGUGAAGGAGAAGCUUGCCGAGGAAAAAUCUCGCUGUCGAUACAUCACCGAGGACGAAAGGAGCAAAUUACUAGAGGAAAUGAAGAAUAAGUGGUCGGAGGUGAUGAAGCAAUUCCAGUGUCUGCCGUUCCUCAUAGAUACUACUGCCAAAAUCAAGAGGAAAGCUUCGUUGGAGGAGAAGCUAAAGCAGUUGGAGAAGGACAUACAGCUUAUCGAGAAUCAUCCGUAUAUUUACGUUUACGACGACGGCCAGUACAAAAAGUUUUGAACUUAUACUUUCCUUUAAUAUACGACUUUUUAAUGUUUUUACACUAUAUAAUAUGUGUUGACGAGCUGUUUAUUACAAUAUAUAAACCAAAUAAUCCUUAUUAAUUCUAUUAUUUUUAUACUCCAUACUGAGUGAUUUGUAAUUCUCUGAAAUAAAGUAUGUAGAGCCACGCGUAGUGCACAAAAUGUAAAA